CAUUAUUAAAACUAUGUGAUCAUUUUAAGAUUAAAUACAUGUAAUUUCAAAAACAUUUACUCAACGUGCUUCAUUUGCAGGUUCAAGUUCCGUCUACAUGUAGGCCUACCCCUAUCACAUCAAAUCAACCAGUGAAGAUGGCAUCUAGUGUUACAGCGCAAUCAGUGUUGGAGAAGAUUAGUGUGGAUCAUCUGGAAUGCUCCAUCUGCACCAACCGUUUCAGGCAGCCCAAACUGCUGGACUGUUUGCAUAGUUUUUGCCUGCAAUGCCUCCAAGAGCUCAGACAGAGCCAAGAUCCUAGUGGUACAAAGCUGACAUGUCCUCUGUGCAGGUGUGAAACCAUGUUGAAAGGGUCUGGGGUUGCUGAUCUCCCUAAUAACUUUGCAUUCAGCGCCCUGGUGGAGGAAGUUACAAUGCAGGAAAAGCUACUGGAAGGUCAAGGGUCAGACAUCAAAUGUCAUAAUUGUGAUGAGGAGAAUCAGGCUAUUUCAAGAUGCAUGGACUGUGAUCAUUUCCUCUGUCAAGAAUGUCAAAAGGCUCAUGAACGUAUGACUUUCAUGAAAUCUCAUAAAAUCUACACACUGGCUCAACUUCGAUCAGGAGAGAUUGUCUACAAGAGUAAACUAAGAGAAGACAUUCCAAAAUGUGGUAAUCAUCCAGAUCAGAAUCUCAAUGUCUACUGCAACACAUGUCAGCAAGUCAUAUGUACAACUUGCUCGGUACUUGACCAUGCAAAACACUCCCUCAUUGGAUUACCUGUGGCUUUUGAGAAAUGUAAGAAAAAAGUUAAAGAACUUGUUGCAAGUGUUAGUAAGAGUAAAACAAAACUGAACAACAUCAUUGAGAAGACUUGCAAAUCUCGCAAGAAACUCAAUACCAUGUUUGCAAACACCAAAAAGAAAAUCACAGAGAAAGCUGACCAAGAGGUUGCCAAGAUCCGACAGGAGGAGCAGAAACUGUUAAAAGAGACUGACAGGAUUUAUCAAAAAAGAGUAACAACAUUUGAUGCAGCUCAAGCCAAUAACAGCAAAGAUGUGACCCAGACAGAGCACAAGCUGGAGGAGGUGAAACAACUCAUGAAUCAAGCAAGUUGCUAUGAGAUUCUUGAACUUCAGCAGAAGCUCUUGCAUAACCUCAGUGAACUGACAGGGAAACAGCCACAGCAAGUUCCUAACAAAUUGACUUUCAUGGACUUUGAAGAAGGUGAGAGGUCACUUGGGAGACUCAUUCCAGAAGAAGAGCCAAAGCUUGCAGUGGAUGACAGCAAUCUGAUAGCAGUGGGUUAUGCAGGCAAGGAGGAGAUAUCUCUACACAACCCAGAUGGAUCCCGCAUCAGGAGACUGCCUGCUCCAAUGAUGGGAUAUUAUCUAACAAUGCACAAUCACCGCCUUAUCUACAUAAACGGGCCUAAUAAAAGGUUGGUAUGUGUAGAGUACUUUGGUGCCAGUGUAUUCUCAGUAGACAUGACCAGCAACAUGCAGAGGGGUUGGGGCCCUACUGGUGUGUGCUGUGACAGUGAUGGCAGCAUCUAUGUUGCCGUGUAUGGAGAUCCAACAGGUGAUAUUCUGCAUUACAGUCCUGAUGGCAAGUACAUUGGAUGUGUGAUCAAGGAAUGUGGUUCUCUACUGGGCAUCACAUUCACAUCGGAUGGUGAGCUGGUAGUGGCUGCACAACGGUCUGUACAGGUCUAUCACCGAGUGUAAGGACAGAAUUAAUUAAACUGGGGCUAUCCAGCGUAUCCACCAAACACUUCCAUCAGACAUCGAACAUUGUUUUGAAAAAGAACAUUAAAGUUCAUUCCCUCAAUACAACAUUCGAUAAUACUGUAUAUUUGGUUUAUUUCUAAGGUCUUUGGUGUUUGUAUACAUGACUCUUAUACUUUAAGCCUACUUCCUAUAAAAUGCUAGAUCUGGUGGUCCAAUAAUGAGAGCAAAGGAAUGACCCUUCACAUUGUUUGCAAAUAACGCAUUGUACAUCUUGAAAGUAUUAUCAAUGAGGGGGAAGGUAUUACCACGAAAGGCAAUUUAGUUCAAUUUUCUCAGAUUUGUCUCAGCGAAUACAAAGUCAAUGCAUGAUGUGUAUUCCAAGUAUAAGAUACAACCCUACUCCUGUAUAAAAUGUAAAUAUUUCCUUAAAUUUUGUUAUUCGAUUUUUCAAUUAUUGGGAAAAUUGUUGAGUUUAAAUUAAUGCAACUUAUUUUUGAAUGAAAAAGAUUUUGCACCUCCAUGUACUCAAAAGCAACUGGAUGAAAUAUGUGUGAUUUUGAACUCAAGCGAUAGUUUAAAAGUAAAUCAUAUGCAAUCCCUUGGUUGUCUCUUUCACAGUGCUUUCCAAGUGCCUCAUCAAAUUAAUAUUAGUUUCAUUACAUUUACAACCAAGUUGAAAUGAAAACCUUGUGCAUUCUACUGCAAUGAUACAUGGCUGUUUGUAACUGUGGUUAGUAUGAUGGAUGUACAUUUGUAAAGUUAAAUCUUGGUUGUUGUUUUUUCUUAAAUGUGAUUUUUUUUAAAUUCUACAAUUCAAGAUGCAUUUGGAACAUUCUAUAACUUUGGGGUCCACUUUUUCCUGUCCCUGUGCGUCUGACAUCUACGAUUUUGUAAUAGAAGAUGCACUCCUUUGUGUGUGUACUCUUCCUCCAAGAAUGCUUCUGUGAAUCAAAUGACCUACCCAACAAAUAUUAAUUAGUUUGAAGUCAUUUUUAAUUGCAGUGAAUGGCAAAUGAUAAAUUUCGGAUGUGCAGAGACAGGAAAAAUGUCCGACUUUGGACCCUAAAUGUGAAGAAUGACCUACUUGUGAGAGGUUCCCUAUCACUACAAUAAUAGUUUAGUUUAUUCCAUAAAUGAAUGAGGCUUUUGCUUCUUCGACUAAACAUUGGUUUGCUACAUGCUGAUAGACCAAGUAGUCUAAAUGAAGCAAUGAGCAUUUGCUUUAAUUACAGAAUAUCUCUCCAAGGGAAUGCAGCUUACAUGACAACAAUGGCAUUUCGGCAAAGAUCCAAAGUCUGUUAUUUUACCAAUCAGCAUCUGGAACUUUCUAAAGAUACCAGCGGCAUAACUAGGGUUAGAAGGUUCUUGUAAGUAAAGUGAUAAUUUUAUUUUCAUGGGCUUUUGUUUUUUCAAAGAUUUUAGAAAAGUAGUUUCUAUUGAAAAGGUGGAUACAAUGAAAAUGGAAUGUCAUCGGCAUUUCCUUGUGUGGAAAAGGUCAAGACACACUCAGAUUUACAGUAUUUUAGGGGGAACACUGGAGCAUUGAAAACAUCUCAAUAGUAAACUGUUUAUAUUGUAUAUGAUUGGCCAAAUAGAUUAUAGCAGGCAGCUAUUGAAAACAUACAUUUGUACAUGUACAAACUCAACUACCCAGAAUGAAAUCAAGUUGUGCGGUUCUUCUAAUACUUUGUAGAUUAAAUGAGAUUAAAAACACUGUUAAUUUGUGAAAUAAAUGUGUACAAGUCAAAGGCAGAUUACAUAAACGAAGGUCAUUUUUUUCAUAUUUCAGGUUUCUUUAUACAUGUUUUGGAAAAUAUGCAAACAGAUUUACAAUUUUUUUCUGUUGAACACGUCAACAUCACAUCCUUAGCAUCACGUAACAUAUCGUUACAGCCCAUGUGACACAGCCUAAUUUGCUUACAUAAUACACAACGUAAAAGCAUAAUAAAUGUUGUGUCUAGGUUUUACUAGAUGUACAUGACAACGGGUUUAAGAACCAAUAUAGAAGGCGCCUGCUGAAUGGUCUCGAGGUCAAUUAGACGCAGUCUUGUUUUGUAUAAUAAUCGUCGAAUCUCUCGGAUAUCACAAACCCUUGCUGUACAAGGGGAUAUUACAUAGACUACCUUAGUACCCAUCCCCCUACAAUUAAGAACAAUUCACAAUGCAGUGUGAGUGUGCCAACAAGGGUUUGCCUCAAGAGGCCACUUUUCAACUUAACAGUCUAUUUAAAAGUAUACUAA